GCAUUUUCUUUACUAUUUAUUCAAGAUAAAAGAGACGAAAGCUUGAGAGUGACGGGACGGUGCAGACCUGUAUGUAUAGGGAGGGAGGAGGGUAUCUCGACCGGGCCGAUUCCGUCGCCGGUCGCCCGCGGCUCACAUACGAAGCUCUAGACUAGGCUGCAUCGUCCACGGCCAAGUUGAAGACCCCGGCCGGCAAGGCAACCCGACGUACGAUGGCUUGGGCUUGCCGCUGGACUACCGCGUUCAGACGGUGCGCCCGCCUGGGGGCAGCAUGGCUGACCUCGCCUGCAACCCAGCACCUCCGGCCAUCUGAGGCGCCGACCGCUUGGCCAUUGCCGACGUCGACCUCAUGGGCGCUAGUCAGUACGCGGAGGAGAACGACGACUCCACCCUCAGCCUGUAACGCGCGCCCGUGUGGCGCCGUGGUGACCGCCGCCGUGGAGGUCGUGGUGGUGGACACGACGCGUGAACAUGACGUCGACGACUGCGACGGCGGCUCGGCUCCCGUCGUCCACGUCUACGGCUCCGUGACCGCGAAAACCAGAGCGGCUUCGGACGACCGCUGGGUGGAGGAGCGCAGCCUGUUCCACAGGGCGAAAGGCGAGCUGGCCCGCGUGCCCAGAGACGCGGCCGUACCGCUGCGGACGGCGGCGCUCGUCUCCGCGCCGCUGUGCUCGGACUCGGAGCUUCAAGUCUCCGCCGAGCUGCUGGACGCCAGCGCGUCGUGGCAGAACCCCGACCAGGAAAUCGCGCGCGGCUCCGUGGUCUUCGCUCCGCGCCUCGCCGGGACCGACACCGCGGAGAUCGCCGGCGCCGACGGCAAGGUCAGGGUGGACGUCACUUGGUCGACCUCGUAAAGCAGCAAGAGUGAUCAAAACAUCUCGCUCGCUCGAUUUCUAUGUUUUGUACUGCAAAAAUGCUACACCUACGAAGCUUCUUACUUAAACUGACGUUUCUUUCCGCCUAAUUUUCAUUGGGUGGGCCUGGGCCUUCUUUCUCCUCCAACCAAAUUAGGCCAAAUCAGCUUUUACGUAAGGGAGUGUCUAAGACUCAGUCGAAUGAGACUUAACGAAGUCUCAGUCGACUGACGUCAGCCAUGUUAGUUUCGGCCUGUUUGUGUGUCGCUCGGUUGUAUUUUCCGUGUGGGCCGAUCUCAUUUCUUUUCUGUCUUUUUA